AUGGAGAAUAAGUGCUUUGGAGAAGUUGCAGCUAUGAUUUAUGUAGUUGAAUUCCAAAAGUGUGGUCUCCCACAUGCUCAUUUUCUGAUUGUGCUUCGUCAUAUGAUGCAUGGCCCAUGUGGGAAUUUAAAUCCAAAAUGUUCAUGCAUGCGAAAAUCUGGAAUGCAAGUAUCUUGCAAAUCUAGGUUUCCUAGAAAAUUUUGUGAUGACACUUGUGUAAACAAAGAUGGCUAUCCUUUAUAUAGGAGGAGGAAUACCGGUGAAACUGUAAAUAUACGGGGUGCUGAGCUUGAUAAUCGGUGGGUCAUACCAUACAAUCCAUAUUUAUCGAUGUUGUUCGAUUGUCAUAUUAAUGUUGAGGUCUGCUCAACUAUUAAAGCAGUCAAGUAUUUAUAUAAAUAUGUAUACAAGGGUCAUGAUCGCAUUCAAUAUAAUAUUACCUCUAAACAAGAGAAUGUGAUGGAUGAAAUUGAAGAAUACCAAUCUGGGAGAUGGAUAUCUCCAUGUGAAGCUGCAUGGAGGAUUUUCGGUUUUGAUUUGUUUGAAAUGCAUCCACCAGUGUUCCUCUUGCCAGUACAUUUGCCAAAUAUGCAGAGCAUUUCUCUUAGGCCACAUGAACGACUUAGAUCUGUUGUUGCAGAUGAUAAACGCAGCAGGACUCCAUUGACUGAGUUCUUUGCAGUUAAUGUUGUUGUUCCAGUUUUGAUUAUGGAUCAUGUAGAAAGUGUGAUAGAGUUAACAGGCAGUACUCAGUUAUUGUUUUUGAUAGGAGGUACUGGAUAUUUAUAUUCUGAAUUCUAUGAGCGUUAUCGGUGGCAUCCUUCUUCUAAAGAAUGGUGUGAACGAAAGACAAAAAAGAUUGUGGUUGGCAGACUAGCAUUUGCGUAUCCAGGCGAAGGAGAACGCUUCUUUCUUAGAUUACUCUUGAUCAAUGUUCGGAGUCCAACAUCUUUUGAGGACCUACGAACUGUUAAUAGCCAUGUAUAUGCAACAUUCCAAGAAGCUGCUUUGAAGUUGGGAUUGCUUGAAGAUGAUGACAUUGGUGAUUUGUGUAUGUCAGAGGCAAAAGACAGUCAAUUGCCUGUUGCUUUGCGAUGUUUAUUUGCAACUAUUCUGAUAUUUUGCCAACCAAAGGAUCCAUUUGCAUUGUGGUGUAAAUACUCGGGUGAUUUAUCUGAAGACUUUCAGCAUCAGUACCCAGGCCAGGUUGAAAGAGCCAAAUGA